AUGCUCGGACAUUGCAUCUAUAAUGAAACGUCAAAACUCUUGUUUUGGUUGAUUAAAUUAUUUGGCGAUCUGUUUUAUCGCAAUACGAACGGAAUCGGAGUGCCGGAACACGAUGAUAUCCACGCUCAAAUCGAUCUUGCAAGAUGUUAUGAUGAUGGCAUCGGAGUGCCAAAAGACAAUGUUAUCCUGCUCAACUCAGUUUGGCGAGAUGUUAUGA